AACUAUUGUGUAUUUUUAACGAACAGCUGAGAGUGAAACCGAGCGCGCAACAAGGACGGCAGCGCGGCACUUCUCUGGCACGGAUCGCGGGCGCGUUGCCGCACCGUUAACUUUCUUGUAGGACGCACCAACCGCGCGCAACGACGGCUUCGGCACACAUAUGAGGCUUCUUCUUCUUCCUGUACGAUUAUUCACUUCAUCAACACGUGUGUACGCGCGGCACGUUGCGUUUAUUAAAGGCUUGUUCCCAGCGGGGCGCAAGUGUUGGAAAUGUCUCAGAAUCCGACGCGUUCACAGUUGCGGUGUAAAGUUCUACCGCUUAAUAUUCAGCUCCAGUAGAAUUUGGGCUUGUGACUCGCAGACUGAGGUAACUUUAGUAGUGCAGAAUAAUGAGAUCGCUGCCACAUACCUCACACGCACGCUACCUGUAGGCGCGCGCGCGCGCGUUUUAAGGCUGGUGAGCUUCUCUCAUGUUUCUGUUCCGACUGCAUCAGCGCUUCUGUGUUUAUUUACUCCAAGUCGGAGGAGAUGGUGAAUCGGCUGAAGUGGCAGAUCGCACGGUUGAAACUAAGGAGGGCUCCAGUCAAACAUUUUCUCCACUACUGAGAAAAACACGUUAGCGUUAAAUGAAGGGGAUAAGUGCAGUAAAUCUGACUUUCCUGGUCAAUUCCAGCAGUGGAUCUCCGAACCAACAACUCUCUCGACGUUCCCUGGAAAACCCUUCUAUGGUCUUUGGAAUAGCAACUCUCAUAUUUGCGCACUGAACGGCACAAGUCAUGUAUCAAGUUGUUCCGGGAGGAGCGGGAGGCACAAUUACAGAUGUUAUCCCCAAGCAGAAGCACAGCAAGGACACCCGACCAUUGGUAUGGGCUGGAGUAAUCGGCUUGGUUCUGUUAAUUGCAGCAGUGACUGCGUGGUGUUAUUACAUAGCCUCUCUGCGCAAAGCUGAACUGCUUAAGACUCAGCUCUUGGAUCUGAAUAAAGAUGGCUACAUUAUCCGCAACCAGGGAGGGUCUAUUGUUUUCAGAAUGGAUUUCAGGUCAGGUACGCUGGAUUUGGAUUCAUGCUCCAAAGAAGGGGAGCUUCUGAGCUGCGGACGCACCACCGAUAGGAACCUGAACUUCUUCAUCGAGACAGUGCGACCCAAAGACACGGUGCAAUGCUACCGCGUGCGUUGGGAGGAACUGGUUCCUGACAUUCCGGUUGAGCAUGCCAUGACGUACACGUUUGCACACUGGUAUGGGGGCGCAGUGUCAGCAAUUCAACACUGGCCUAUUUCUAUUUCUGGCCAACAUGCUCCCAAACCAUUCGUUACUGGUGACAUCUACUCCAACCGAAAUGAAUUUGGUGGGAUUUUAGAGAGUUAUUGGCUUUCAUCCAACGCCACGGCCAUCAAGAUAAAUAACUCGGUGCCCUUCCACCUGGGCUGGAACGACACAGAGAAGACCAUGUCCUUCCAGGCGCGCUACAAUGACAGUCCCUUCAAAUCAAACCCGGACGAGGCCCCAUGUGCGGAGCUCAGCUACAGAGUGUGCGUGGGCCUGGAUGUCACGUCCAUACACAAGUACAUGGUCCGCAGGUACUUCAACAAGCCAAACAAGGUGCCGGCCAAAGUCAUGUUUCGCCAUCCUAUUUGGUCGACCUGGGCGCUGCAUAAGACCGACAUCGAUCAAGAGAAAGUCUUGACGUACGCCGCCAACAUUCGCAAAUAUAAGUUCAACUGUAGCCACCUGCAGCUGGACGACCGCUACACCAGCCGCUAUGGAGAAUUCGAGUUUGACCAAACAAAGUUCCCCAAUGCCUCGUCCAUGUUCCAAAGGCUAAAAUCCGAUGGAUUUCUGGUGUCGCUCUGGAUUCACCCUUUCAUUAACUACGACUCUGAAAACUUCCAUUCUUGCGUAGAGAGGGGCCUGUUGGUUCGAGAGCCUACAGGCCGGCUCCCCGCGUUGGUGCGCUGGUGGAACGGUAUUGGAGGCAUUUUGGACUUCACAAAUCCGGAAGCCCGCGAUUGGUUUUCCUCCCAGCUCCGAUCACUGCGCUCCAGGUAUGGGGUGUCCUCUUUUAAAUUUGAUGCAGGCGAGACUAACUACUUGCCCUGGAAGUUCAGCACCAGGACUCCCAUUCGGGACCCGAGCUUCUUUACGAGACGUUACACGGAAAUGGCUAUUCCCUACAAUGACAGAGCUGAGCUGCGCAGUGGCUACCAGUCCCAGAACAUAUCAUGCUUUUUCAGACCCAUUGACCGAGACUCCGUUUGGGGCUACGAGUUGGGUCUCAAGUCUCUUAUCCCCACCGUGCUCACCAUCAGCAUCCUGGGCUAUCAGUUCAUUUUACCGGACAUGAUCGGAGGGAAUGCAUAUUUGAACCGCACAGAUGGGAAUGGUGUCUUACCCGACCGAGAACUCUAUAUCCGCUGGCUGGAGCUGUCCGCCUUCAUGCCGUCCAUGCAGUUUUCUAUUCCGCCAUGGGCAUAUGACAACGAGGUGGUUGAAAUUGCUCGAAAAUACACAGCUCUCCAUGAGAGUAUUGUGGCGCCACGGGUGCUGGAGCUGGCUGGCGAGGUGCUGGACACCGGAGACCCAAUUAUACGGCCCCUGUGGUGGAUUGCCACUGGCGAUGAAACCGCCUAUAAAAUUGACUCCCAAUUCCUUAUUGGGGAUGACCUCAUGGUAGCCCCAGUUUUAGAGCCCGGGAAGCAAGAACGUGACAUCUACCUCCCUGCCGGCCAUUGGAGGAGCUACAAGGGGGAGAGAUUUGAUAUCAAGGAGCCGCUGCAUCUCACAGACUAUCCUGUUGAUCUGGAUGAAAUUGCUUACUUCGUUUGGGUGUAGCAAGAGGGGAACGUCCAGCUGAAAAGAUGUGAUAAAGCCCCGCUGCAAUUUCCAAUUAGACAAGCUUCAGAAAUUCAGAUUUUAUGCAUUCUUUUAUUAAAUAGGAGUUUUAAAUUAUAACUACAUCUAAGAAAUGUGAAACCGUUUCACUAAAACAAAUGCUCGUAUUAUUUUUUGUUAAUCUCAAAAGUGAUACGUGAAAAGUUUUAAAGCCUGUUCAAUUCACGCAUGUGAAGCAUUUGUUAAAAAGGGAAUAUGCAAACUGAAUGAAAUAAGGCUUCCUUGUAUGCUAUAAAGAGGAAGUUAAAUGUAAGAAAAACAGAUUGUAUCGUGGGAGGACAAAUGCAGGGGUGUGGUUACCCAUGGCCACGUGAAACCUUCUAUAUUAACUUCCGUUGGACUAAGAUGUCUUACUUUUCUGUGACACUAAUGACUUCUCCUUUGCUUUGAGAUACCUUUCAGGAAGUCAGGUUUUAUGCUUCACUCAUUAGGAUCAAGGCUUAAAGUUGAGUCAUUAAACUCUCAUUUGUGGAACACGGUGUCAUGUAACAACUCUUAGACCUGAAGAAGAUGCCUUUUAUUGGGCGCUAAAUAUUUUAUGCUCCUCCUCAGGUAAGCGCUAUUUCUGGUGUGUUUUGGAGUGUCUGGUUGUGUGUGUCUUUAUUGUUCUUUGUUAACUCCAAAUCCAACUUUAGUGGUUAGUGUUCAUAUGGUGAACAUAAGUGAUAAGGGUCAGGUUUGUGCGUACCUGCUCGGUAUGCAGUGUGCAAGUCUGUGGAUGGAGUUAAUUUGACAGCAUUUAAUUAAAAUAAAUUGUACCAUUUAAUCAUCCAAUGAAAUAGUACAAUGUAUUUUAUCGCUUUGUGUUUUGUAGAUGUGAAUAGUUUGUUACUGCGGAGAUACCUCUACGUGCCAUGUGCUAACAUUGACUGCCACAUUCUUUUUUAAAAUUUGUUAUUGAAUAUUUUACAUUGAUUGUAUCUUAUAUUUUUUGUUUUUUUUUAAAUAUUUGUUAAUUUAACCCUUAAUGGGGGCUGCGGGGGUAACCCUAUGCAUGAUGACAUGGUCAACAGAGUGUACUACAAAUGUUCAAAUAAUCCAUUUCUUUAGUAAAUCAUGUGAUAAUUAAGACACAACAAAUAUAUUGUCUAAUAAAACUUUGGGCAAGUGACUUAUUUCAAAGUGAAACCAAUAAAGAAUACGAUUGGGAAGCUUUUUAAUACCUUCUAAUGGGAUUUGAAGCUGUAAUAAUAAAACCUGUUUAAUACUUCUGUGUGGUUUGUAGGUUGACCUUAGUGGGUUUUGUUUGUGCCUUUUGGCAUAGUUUCAUCAUAACUAUGCUCCCUAUUUAUAGCACUUCUCACUCAGCAUCUGGGCCAGGCCAACCUCUGAGGGUAUUUAUGUCGCAGACUGUCUUGCUCUAUGACGAAACACAGAGGCUGUAUAUCCAAGACUAAAUGUGCCUUUGCUUUUGGCUCUUUUGACUCUGUGUGUGCGGUCUGUCCCUAGCCAUAACUUAACAUUGCACUUAUUUUAAUGCAACUGCAUGUUUGAUGUCCUUUUGAUGUGCGAAUGCAUUAAAAUAAAUCCGGUUUAAA